CCUGCUGAGGAGGAGCUGUUGGCUGCUCACUGUUGCCGCGGAGGGGGAGGGGCCGUAGCUGUUGCUCUGUGGAGCUGAGCUUUCCGUCCGGCCAGCUCUCUAGGAAACGCCGUGGCGCCGAGCAGGGCCUAGCGCCGGGGGCCCGAGCAACGGGCCGGACAGAUUAACUUCCAACAAGCUGAGAAUAUUUUGCAGAAUGAGUAGACUGCCAUGUUCAGCAUUGGUGUUUCCAAUAUAUACCUGCACAGUAACUGUGGACCUGUCCUGAGUAUAAUCCCAGGAUUCACUUGAUUGACUUACUGAUAUGAAGCAUGAAGUAGAAAUGAGGAUGGCGGCUUUUUAACUUGUUUACCCAUGUCCGUGACGUGUUGGCCGAGGCUUUGCGGCUGCUCCCCGCCCUUGGAGCUGCCAGUCACUACCCUUUGGACUCCGUGAUCCCUGACAAACGUCAUGAGCAUUGCAAUCCCUCUGGGAGUCACUACACCAGAUACAUCUUAUUCAGAUAUGGCUGCUGGAUCUGACCCAGAGUCUGUCGAAGCUAGCCCAGCUGUUAGUGAGAAGAAUGUGUAUGCAAAUCACGGCUACGGGGCCUCCCAGAGGCACAGCUACCGAGGGCUGCCUUAUGCAGAUCACAAUUAUGGAGCUCCUCCUCCUCCGACCCCUCCUGCUUCUCCCCCUGUCCAGACCAUCAUCCCCCGUGCAGAACUGAAUGGCCUGCACCCUCACGAUGAGGAGAAUUCUGGUGAGACUGAGAGCUCUUCUGAGGCAGAAUCUAUUCCUAGCUGGUGUCACUGCAGUCUCUCCCAAGAUGGCUUCCUCAUCAAGUGUGAAAAAUGCAGGGGAAUUGGCAGGGGGAAAGUAAUCAGAUUUCGUCGCCGGAAACAAGACAACGUGUCAGGUGGAGAUAGCAGUGCAACAGAGAGCUGGGAUGAGGAGCUAUCUCCCUCCACAGUGUUGUAUACUGCUACACAGCACACUCCUACGAGCAUCACUCUGACAGUCAACCGAGUCUGUAGAACGAAACCUAAAAAGAGAAAAAGGAACACAGAGAGAGCUCGCACAGCACCAAAAGCUAAAAAAAUCAAGGCUUUUAGAGAAGGUUCACGGAAAUCUUUGCGGAUGAAGAAUUCUCCUUCAGAAGCCCACGCCCUGGAUGAGAAUACCACAGAGGGGUGGGAAAACCGCAUUAGACUCUGGACCGAUCAGUACGAAGAAGCCUUCACAAACCAAUACAGCGCCGAUGUGCAAAAUCUCCUAGAGCGUCAUCUAAAUGCUAAUAAAGAAUUUGCGGGCAAGGCGGCUGUGCUGGACACAAUCAAUAAGACUGAACUGGCCUGUAACAACACGGUCAUCGGAUCCCAAAUGCAGCUUCAGCUGGGGAGAGUAACAAGAGUUCAGAAGCACCGAAAGCUUUUGAGGGCCGCGAGAGAUUUGGCUGCGGAUACCCUUAUAAUUGAAUAUCGUGGGAAGGUGAUGCUAAGGCAGCAGUUCGAGGUCAAUGGUCAUUUCUUCAAAAAGCCGUAUCCCUUUGUGCUGUUUUACUCCAAAUUUAACAGUGUUGAGAUGUGUGUGGAUGCCCGCACUUUUGGAAAUGAUGCCAGAUUCAUCAGGCGUUCCUGUACACCAAAUGCAGAGGUUCGUCACGUGAUUGCAGAUGGGAUGAUUCACCUGUGCAUAUAUGCAAUUGCUUCCAUUGCCAAAGAUGCAGAGGUCACCAUUGCCUUUGAUUAUGAGUACAAUAUCUGCAAUUAUAAAGUGGAUUGUGCCUGCCACAAAGGAAACCGGAAUUGUCCUGUGCAAAAGCGGAGCCUGAACCCUGUAGAACAACUACCUCCACCUAUUCUGGACACUCUGAUCGGAGCAGAAACUAGGCGCCGGAAAGCCCGUCGUAAGGAACUGGAGCAGCAGGGUGCAGCCUCAGAUGAGAACAGCAAUCCCCAAACCGAGGAAGUCUCUGAGGGUCCCGCUGCAGUGAGUGAUAAUGAGGCUGCAGAUAAGGAAGAGAAGCCAGAAGAGGAGAAGGAGGAAACUGCUGCCGAUGAGCUGGGUGGUCUCAGUCAUGGCAGACGGACCCGAGAAGAUAGAAAGGUGGAAGCUAUCAUGCAUGUAUUUGAGAAUCUGGAAAAGAGAAAGAGGAGGAGAGAUCUGCCAUCGUCAGACAGGAGCAGCACAGAUGCAGAGGUAGUGGUUACUGCAGAGACCCCAGAACCAGAAGAAGCAAAACCUGUGCCAAAUGAAAAUGAAGAUAACAGUUUGGCUUUAAAUGUAUCCAUGGCAAGUGCUCCGACCUGUGUCAGCAGCGUUGGGGUAAACACCCGGAGAUCUUCACAGGCUGGGGAGACAAGUGCAGAUAAACCAGUCCCUAAACCGGCACCACCAAAAACACCACGGCCCAGGCCCAAAAGCCGUUUCUCGCGUUAUCGGAGCAGCUCAGCACAGCGACUAAGAAGACAAAAACAAGCUGCCAGUGCCCAGCAGUCUGAACUCUCUCAAACUGCUCCAGAGGAAGGAAGUGGUACCAGCACAGCAGCAGCAGCGGAAGUGAGCGGGGCAGAGGGCCCAGGAGAAGGGAGGCCACCGGUGGUGAACUCUGAUCCAGUUGUGACGGCUGCGUCAGGAUCACAGGCCAACCGGGCAGCACCCAAAUAUCCUAAAACAAAAAAGUAUCUGGUUACAGAGUGGCUGAACGACAAAGCAGAGAAGCAGGAGUGCCCCAUUGAGUGCCCUUUACGUAUCACCACUGACCCAACUGUCUUGGCUACCACCCUGAACAUGUUGCCAGGCCUUGUUCAUUCCCCACUCAUUUGUACCACCCCGAAACAUUAUAUCCGUUUUGGCUCUCCCUUCAACCCAGAAAGGCGAAGGCAGCCAUUUCAGCUGGAUGGGAAUUACAGCUCGUGUAAAAAGCGUUGGAUGAAGCAGGCUCUGGAAGAAGGAAUGACUCAGACCUCACCUGCUUCCCAGGAGAACAAAGCCCAGUGUCUAUACCAAAGCAAUGAGAGUAGUAGUGUUUCUGGCAUUUGCACAGAAAAUACAGAUGUGUUGAGCCCUCUGAAGAAGUGGAAGUCUCGCUAUCUGAUGGAACAGAGUGUUACUAAAUUAUUGAGGCCACUGUCUCCUGUCACUCCUCCGCUUCCUGACUCCCUGCUUCCAGAUUCACUGAGCCCACACCUAACUACGUCCUCCUCGUCGAUGCCGGGAGAGGAGGAGAGUCGCAGUGGCUGUGGUGUGAUCUUCUCCCCAAUUCCCUCCUUGGCUGCUAGUCGCUGCAAUACUCCACUACAGUUUGAGAACGUAUCCUCCCCUGAGAGUACCCCUGCGCAUAGGCCCGAGUCCCUGUCGCCCGAGCUCUGCCUCAGGACAGACCUGGACACACCAAAGGCAGGAUACCUGGACGCCGAUGCUCACAACUGCCUAGAGAGACCUUCGUUACUUGCCACGGGGCAUUCUGAUCCAGCGUCCCAGCCCUCCGAUACCAGCUUCCUGGGAAAGAGCGGGGAGUCCCAGACUCUGCUCAGAAACUCUGACCAAGCUUUUCGGACAGAGUUUAACCUAAUGUAUGCCUUUUCCCCUUUGAACGCGAUGCCCCGGGCCGAUGGAUUAUUAAGAGAGUCUCCCCAGAUGGCCGAUGGGAAGCUUCUGAAUCCAGAUACGGGCAGCUGCAGUUCUCCUGCAGAGGGAUACUUUGGCAGACACGAGCAGGCCAUUCUUAAAGAGGCAGUACAUGGCCCAGCGGCCCAUUGUGGUGAGAGAACUUGUGAAGGAGUCAAAGUUGCCCCCCAGAACCCUCCACAGAGAAAAAAGGUAUCUCUGCUGGAGUACCGCAAACGAAAGCAAGAGGCCAAGGAGGGAGGGGAUUCUGCCAGAUGCACAGUGACAGCUAAUCGACUAAGUAGCAGCAGCAGCAGCAGCUCUGGGGCAGAUGUGGACGUUGGUGCUGUGCCAGGCUCCGGGGGUCACACCCUAUCGUCUCCACAACAUGGCUUCUCCCCCUCACACUCCUCCCUGACUCACCUGGAGGAAGUGAGCCCCCCGGAGCCAAGAGCAACUGGUCACUGCAAACCGCAUGACAGCAUCAGCAGUCGGUGGAUGGUGCCCACUUCUGUUGAGCGACUUCGAGAAGGACGUGGCAUUUUGGAGAAGGUUUUACGUAGCAGUGCUAAAAUAUGUCCGCGAGGAGAACCCUCGCCUUCUCGAGACAGCGUAGGAGAGAGAGAAGUAGAUGCUGUAGAAGGAGACGUAUCAGAAUCGGUCAGUUCUUCCUUCAAGGGCCCAGCUGUUUACAGUCCUUCUCGAUACAGCUACCAGCUCUUGCAGUCUGACAGUCCACGUACAGAAUCUCAGACUCUUCUUCAGAGCUCCUCACCGUACCGAGGACAUCCUAUUCCAUCCCCUGGAUACAGCUACCGGCCUCAGUCCCAGAGAAGCGGACACCUUCCCUCCCUCAGCUCUUCGGAAUCCUCCAUGUCCUCCACCCCGUCGGGCUCCACGGACUCUACGGCUCUGUUUGCAGGGACCUCUGGGUAUUACAGCAACCAGCACCAUCCUGUCAGCGGAGUCUUGAAGAAGAACUGUCCCACCACCGCUGCUCCUAGUCCUGCCCAUUCGACAGUUGCAGACUGUUUGCCGUCCUCUGAAUCAGGGUCGCAUCCCUGCAUGGGAACUGCCAGCUGCACUUCUUCCUCCAGGCCCCCUCAGUCGGACUUACGGACUAUCAACCCUCCCGCUUCCGGGCAACCCGCUCUCUACCCGAGCUCCAAAGCCACCACCGCCACCGCAGCACUUUCCAACUCGCAGCACUACUCCCACCGAGGGGGAGGAGGCAGCAUUCACCCGUACAGACUGCAGCAGCUUCCAGGGUCAGGCGUAAAGACUCAGACAGGCCUUUCAUAGGGCAGGACUGAAUUGCCUACUGUUCCUUCCAGCAGUAGCUUGAAAGGAAGGAUGCUGGAACGGCGAAGGGCCAGAGGCCGAGGCUUCGGGAUGUACAAGCGAGCGAAAGCACUGCCAGCCACCCCCUGGCCCUGAAAACGAGGAGAAAGUGGCGGCGGCAGCGGUGGAAGUGGCAGCGGUGGUGGCGGCAGAGCCUGUAGCAAAGCAUCGCCACGAUGCCUGGGUACGUUGUAGAGAAAGCAAAUGGGUGCUGAGUGGCAUGGCCUCUGUCUCCUGCCUGUGCCCUUAGUUUGUAGUCACCUGGGCAGGUAGGUAAGCUUGAAUAAGAAACCGUGCAAAUCAGAACAUUAGGGAAGGGCGA